AUAUGGCAUUUUUAGCCAUAUUCCUUUUUAGGGUUCAGUUCUCCUUUAAUGACACAAAUGUACAAAACCACUGUAUGCAUAAAAUUAAUCUAGGCCUUCAAUAAUAUUUUUAUUCUUUUUACUCUACUUUUGUGACCCCUCUCCAUGUUUAUACAUGCAUGAAACUUGUUUUACUUUUUUUUUUUUUUUUAAACACUAAUGUCCCUUUAGGAACAGGAAUGUUUUUCACCUGGCCUGUUGCAAAACACAAGCUCUCCAGUAAAAACCUCCUCUUCUAGAAAAACUGUAUUACUCAAUUCCAAUCUGAUCUGCUAUAAGUAGGCGGAGAGCAGGGCUUACUGUGCUGUAUCUGUAACAACUGGAAACAUGAUGAACUUUGUUUUGGCUUCAGUGAUUGCCUUUGGCCUUUUGGUAACAGGAUGUAAUGCUUUUUGCUACACUCGGGAUCCAAAGGGGGGAGAGACCAAAGGUUGCCUUUAUAAAGACGAGCUGCAUGGAUUGGGGAGCAAUUUUAGAACAAAAGAUUGCAUGGACUGUUCAUGUGGUAUGGAUGGCACAAUGAUAUGUUGCCAAGUGUAUUCUACCAAAGCGGAGUAUGACAAGGAAAACUGUAUAGCUGUUCUUAAUAAGAAAGCCUGCUCUUUUCGUGUUGUACAAAAGAAAAAUCGGUCACGGGAAUGUGAGAUUUUGGCUAUGAUUGGCUGAAAUGGCAUCUCCUUACACAAGAACUUCAAGAACAAAAUCCAGAUCCUUAUAAACAAAGAUUGUAUUAUAAAAACAAAGCGUAAAGUGAA